AUGAAUGUGGGUUCUAAUCAGGAGGUUGCGUGCACGCUGCUUGUUGGUUUUGAUGGCAGUAGUGUGAACACGAAGGAUCUCAAGGCGGCUUUGGAGAAGGGGGACAUAAGUGCUCGAGCAGAGGCGCUGGAAACGAUGAUUAGGCUCCAUUUGAACGGCGAGCCGCAGAAUCAUAUGAUCAUGUCUGUUAUAAAGUACAUCACCCCGCUUGAGGAUCACCUUAUUAAGAAGCUGGUGUUGUACUUUUGGGAAGUCGUGGAGAAGACGGACAAGAAUGGGAAGUUGCUGAGCGAGAUGAUUUUGAUCUGCUCCUUCCUUCGGGAGGAUCUGCUGCAUCCCAACGAGUACGUGCGGGGUCUCACCUUACGGUUCCUAUGCAAGGUGAAGGAAAAGGAACUGAUUGAGCCGCUGAUUUCAUCUGUGGUGCAAAACUUGACUCACCGGGUGACGUACGUACGCCGUAGUGCCGUGGCGGCGGUACACGCCAUCUGUAAAAGGUUUCCGGAUCUUCUUCCUGAUGCACCUGAGUUGGUUGAGAAAUUCAUUGGCGACGAAAACGAUGUUUCGGCGCGUCGGAAUGCUUUUGACAUGCUUGUCGAGUGCGCUCCCGAGCGGGCUGUGCGAUUUUUGACAGGCUUUCGUGAGUCGACGAAUAUGGCGGAUGCAGGUGCCGCCUUUCAGAUGUCUGUUGUAGACUUUGCGCGGCAAAUGAUACGAGCGAAUCCGUACGACAAGGCGAAGUACGUAGCUAUUCUGUUCAAUGUUUUGCAGUCCAAAAAUCCGGCGGUGCGCUAUCAGUGCGCCUCAACGCUGUUGAGCCUCUCUUCAUCCCCUACGGCUAUUCGACAGGCCGCCCUGACAUUUAUUGACUUGCUGAAGACACACUCGGACAACAGUGUGCGGCUUAUCGUGGUGGAUCAGCUGGACGGCAUGCGGAUGAGGUUUGGUGAUAUUCUGCAGGAAUCCCUACUGGACGUGAUGAGUGUCUUGGCGAACAGUACGACAGAAAUCUGCAAAAAAGUGGUGACACUGGCAGUGGAACUUGUUUCCAACAAAAACGUUGAGGUCUUUUUACAGGCUAUAAAGAAGGAGCUGCUGAGGUCACAGAGCGAGGAAGACGCUUUGGAUAAGUCAUCGAUUCAGGAAUAUAGGCAGCUGCUGAUCCGCGCCAUUCACACCGCCGUCAUUCGCCAACCACAAAUGGCUGCAACAGUGCUGCCCAUGAUGAUGGAUUACAUAUGCGAUUCUUCCAACGGGAGUCAAGAAGUUAUUUCUUUCAUCCGUGAAGUUCUUCAGGUGCAGCCUUCAUUGCGUGCCGGUACAUUGAAGCAAUUGCUUGAAGUCUUCCCUAUGGUCACAUCGCCGGGGGUGGUGCGUACCGUUCUGUGGUUAUUUGGUGCACACGUUUCAUCAGCGGACGAAGUGCUGGGGGUACUCGCGCUGCUGGCCAAUUCGUUGAAGCCGCUGCCUCUCACGCCACCUGUUCCACCGGCGGCAUCUGUCAAUGGAGAUGCGAAUGGAGCAGAAUCUCCCGUCAUGCGUGCCGUAACGACGGUGAGGGAGGACGGAACAUAUGUUACUUCCUAUACAACCGUCCCGACAGGCACGAUGGCGGCGGUAGCAGCAGUGACGGAUACGACAGAAGAUACUGGGGUGGUGCCAGCCGGCCUGCGAUUACUCAUCACGAAGGGAGAUUACUUUGUUGCCUCUGCUCUUGCCAGCACCCUGUCUAAGCUUCUUAUCCGUUUGUUCACGAGCUAUGGCUUUGCCGUGGAUAUGGCGGUGAAGUCCAAGGCACAGGACGAUGCGCUGAUGCUUCUGCAUGAGAUCAUUCGCUACGGCACCGCACCCGACGCGGCGUGUGCAAUGGACGAGGACUCCCAUGAACAUAUACGUUUGUCCAUCAUUACCAUUGCGAACCCACAGUCGCCGUUUUUGCAGGGUUUUGUGGACGACUCCUACAAAGCGCUUAACGCUGUGGAGAGCACGGUUGUUGGCACCGCCGUUGGGGAGACGGUCCCCAACGAUUGGUCCAAAGCGAAGGAGCCGACUGCUUUCUGUAGCAUCGAUACACCCAUCAUCUUUACGCAGCUAGCUCAGGGGAAGGAUGCCUUCCUGGAGCUGGAGGCCACGGAUGACUUGGGCUCUGCUAUUGCGAACGCCUCAAUUGACAAGACGGAGGAAUUCCUCAAACGUCUGGAGAAGACGAUUCCACUAUCUGGUUUCUGCGAUCCGGUGUACUGCGAGGCAAGUGUGACUGUUCAUCAGUUUGAUGUCUCUGUGGAUUGGUACCUUGUAAACAAAACUUCAAAUCUGAUGCAGGAACUAACAAUCGAGCUGGCUUCUUUGGGCGGUAUGAAGUUGUGCGAGCGACCACAGGUGCACAGUUUGCCCCCCCAUGGCUCUCUUAAGCUUCGCACAGCGCUUAAGGUGAGUUCGACCGAAACGGGUGUUAUUUACGCUAGCGUCCUCUACGAUGCCCCCAAUGGUGAACGCUGUUGCGUCAUUCUAAACGACAUUCAUGUUGACAUUAUGGACUACAUUAAACCAGCCUCAUGUCUGACGACAGAGUUCCGCGAGAAGUGGGGCACCUUCGACUGGGAGAACACCAUUGCCGUGAACACAGAUAAAACGGACUUGCGCGAUUAUGUUGAGUUUGUCAUGAAGGAGACGAACAUGCAGCUUUUGGAGCCAUACCGGGAUGUAGACGAGGAGGAGCUGCAGGGGCUUUCGCCCACGGACGAAGAUGGCGGUUACGGUUACGUUUCGUGUAGUCUUUACGCCCGCACUGUCUUUGGCGAGGAUGCGCUAGCGAAUGUGUCUAUCGAGAGGGAUGCGCAAGGCAAGAUCAGUGGCGUGGUACGCAUUCGGUCCAACACGCAGUCCAUCGCGUAUGGCAUAGGAGAGAAGCUCAGCCUACUCGAUAAAGGAGGAAUAAAGUAG